CAUUCUUUUAUCCAAGAUUCUAAAACACACCAGGGAUAAAAAGGGCGGGAAAGAGCUGCACACACGCCUUGGCAGCGGGUUUAGGGUUUACGAGGCGCGGAGGAAGAGGGCGGUUGUCGGAGACAUGGCUUUCUGGGGAGUGGAAGUGAAACCAGGAAAGCCUUUUACUCAUAAAUACGACGAUUCCAAAGGACGCCUCCAUAUUUCAAUGGCCACUCUUGGGUUGGGCACUGCGACAGCAAAAAGCACACUGCAGUGCAAUGUGGGAAACAGGAGCCCUGUAUAUCUAUGCUCUCUCUAUCCUGGAAAAGCAGAGUCAUUGCAAUUAAACUUAGAGCUCGAAGAAGUUGAUCAAGUUCUUUUCUCUGUAAUUGGUCCUCGGAGCAUUCAUCUCUGCGGGUAUCAUCUCGCCACUGCCCGCAACGCCAAUCUUAUUGAUGAUUCUGAAUCAUAUGGAGAGGAUAUCGCUGAUACAGAAACAGAGAGAUCUGAUUACAGUGACGAAGAUGAGUAUGAUGAUAGUUUCAUUGACGAUGACAUUGUACCAGAGGCUUCCUCACCAUCUCUUAUUUCCAAAGAAGAGGAAGCUUCUCAUGACAACAGACCAAAAAUUAAGAAAGGCAGUCUUCGACGGCUUAGGAAGAUGUACCAGUCAGUUGAGUCAGAUGAUGAUGGCUGUGGCGGAGAAAAGAUAAUUGUCAAUGACAGAAUCCAUGACCAAAUCCAGGAAACUGACAAUGAAGAUAGCCUACCUAUUUCAUCUAUUUACAAGAAUAAAGCCUCUGGAAGGGUAUUGGACAAAGAAAUGGAUGUUAGUGUUGUCAGAGGAGCUGGUGAUGCCAGCAACAAGAANNAGGAAGAUGGUGNAAAUAAUAUUUUUGAAACAAAUCUAGAGGCUGGACAUGUCCUUGUAGAUAGUCAGACACAUAGGGAAGCUGUGUUAUCAAAGCACUUGGUAGAUCCUUGCACAUCUCUGGAUGUUGGGGAUAUUAAAAGUCCAAAAAAGAAAAAGAAGAAAAAGGAAAAAGAGGCAAAGAGUUCCUGUAAUGGCCGUUCUAUCAAACUAGAUAAUGUUAUAAAUGAGAUGAAAAUGGAAGACAUGACCCAGGUUAUUGUGGCAGGAGGUAAACAAGAGCAGCAUGUUGAUGAUAAGGAAACUGAGACCACANAUAAAAUACUUCCUUCCUCUCAGGUUGAUCAUGGACUGGGUGAAAAGCCAAAGAAGAAAAAGAAAGAAAGAUCUAAAGAGGGGAUGGUUUCAAUUGCUACUGAUGGUUAUCAUAUCAGUCCUGUUAAUCUGCCUCUAAGAAAUGGACAACACACAGUUAACGAGAUGGUAGACAAUGGUGCUUAUGACUUACCUGAUGGAAAUCAAUCUGAGAAUAGAAAAGCUAAGAAAAGGAAGAAAAUGAGUAAAAGUCAAGGCAAUGGGGAAGUUGUAAAUUCUAAUAUUACUGUAUGUGUUGAGCGAAGUGGUGAGACUGAGAUGAUGGAGGAGGACAGAAGUAAGGGGGAAGAUGCAAAACCUUCCAAUGUUAGAACAUUGAAAAAUGGACUAGUUAUUCAGGAACAAGAGAAGGGGAAAAAAGAUGGCAAAAUCGCAGCUUCAGGAAAAAAGAUUAGCAUCUAUUACACUGGCAAGUUGAAGGAAAAUGGAGCUGUCUUUGAGUCAAACGCUGGCCAAACUCCUUUCAAAUUUCGCCUUGGUAAAGGAGAGGUUAUCGAGGGUUGGGAUGUUGGCCUUGAAGGCAUGCAAGUUGGAGAAAAGAGAAGACUUGUCAUUCCACCAACAUUAACGUCUGAGAGUGAUGGACACUCUGACAAAAUACCACCAAAUUCAUGGUUGGUUUAUGACAUUGAACUAGUUAAAGUUCAUUGAGUAUUUCAGCCUACUCAUUGUUCCAAAGAAAAAAAAAAAUACGGAGUGAGGAGGCAAUUCAGGGACAGGCAAAAGAUUGGAUAGUUUUUGGUUGGUUCAACAUGGAUCUGUGGUGAUUGAAUAGUUUUUGGUGUAGAUGAUAGUGGGUAGACACGCGCCACCGAAUCCUAAGUUUUGGUUCUUUCAGAUAUCGUGUUAACUUUAGAAGAUACUCAGUGUUAUAGUGGUGAAAAUUUUCGCAUAAAUAUCAGCAUAAGAAAUACUCAAAUACAUAUAGUGCCGAACUAAACAGCGUUAUUAAUAGCACAUUGUCUUGGUUAAUUAUUUUGUUCGACCUAAAA